AUGGUUUCCACUGGUCUGAGUUUAGAGAUGACGAAGAAGGUUCUUGGCCUGGCAUUGUGGGUCUGGAUUGCAAUCGGUGUAGUCGCUCUCCUGGUGGCCAUUCUGCUGAUGAUAUGUAUCUGGGCGGCGUCCCGUCGCAAGACAAAGAGAACCAUGGAGAACUUGAGCCAGACACAGAUCCCCAUCUACUCCAAGGAGAUCCCGGUAGACAGGGUGGGCGGUGGGCGCAGCCUUGCGCAAACGAUGCAUGAACGUGAGCAGCCUAGCUUCCCAACGCAGGACAAGCACGCCGUGAAUCGGGAGCCGGGGAAGACAGUGGGGCAUAUGGCACUGAGCAAGUCCUUGGAUCAUGAUAACGUGAGCCAGGGAAGCUCAGUGUGCAAUGUGGACCGGGUUGGUAGUGUGCAUUCUGGUGAAGAUGGCGGCUCGGGGCAAGGCAGGAAACCGUAUUCUCCUGCGGCGUUCGUCUCCGCGUCGCCCCUCGUUGGCCUUCCCGAGUUCUCUCAUCUUGGUUGGGGUCACUGGUUCACUCUGCGCGACCUUGAAUUCGCCACCAAUCGCUUCUCAAAGGAGAAUGUGCUUGGAGAGGGUGGUUACGGAGUUGUGUAUCGUGGCCGUCUGGUGAAUGGAACCGAGGUUGCCAUAAAGAAGAUUUUUAACAACAUGGGGCAGGCGGAGAAGGAAUUCAGAGUGGAGGUUGAAGCUAUUGGCCAUGUACGACAUAAGAAUUUGGUCCGUCUGCUGGGAUACUGUGUUGAGGGAGUGAAUAGGAUGUUGGUUUAUGAGUUCGUGAACAAUGGUAACUUAGAGCAGUGGCUUCAUGGAGCUAUGCGCCAGCAUGGUGUUUUUACCUGGGAUAAUCGCAUGAAGGUUGUUAUAGGCACUGCAAAAGCACUUGCGUACCUUCAUGAAGCUAUAGAACCAAAAGUUGUACACCGGGAUAUAAAGUCAAGCAACAUCUUGAUUGAUGAUGAAUUCAACGGCAAAGUCUCUGACUUUGGAUUGGCCAAGAUGUUAGGGUCAGAUAAAAGCCACAUUACCACCAGAGUGAUGGGAACAUUUGGAUACGUUGCACCUGAGUAUGCUAAUACUGGGAUGUUGAAUGAAAAGAGCGAUGUUUAUAGUUUUGGUGUUCUCUUGUUGGAAACUGUGACAGGAAGAGACCCUGUUGACUAUAGCCGCUCUUCCAAUGAGGUCAAUCUUGUCGAGUGGCUUAAAAUGAUGAUAGCCAACCGGAGAGCAGAAGAAGUGGUUGAUCCAAUCCUCGAGGUUAGGCCAACAAUUAGGGCUCUUAAGCGAGCUCUGUUGAUCGCACUAAGGUGUGUUGAUCCUGACUCUGAAAAGAGACCUAAGAUGGGCCAGGUUGCUAGGAUGCUUGAGUCUGAAGAAGUUCCAUUCCGGGAGGACCGGAGAAACCGGAGGAGUCGCACAGGAAGCAUGGACAUCGAAUCUAUUACAGAGGGAACAAAUUCGGCUGAAUUUGCAAUCAAGGUAGAAAGGACUGGCAGCUCAAGAUCAGACCGGUCUCAGACCUGA